GUAUCGUGUGUGUAUCCUGCUCGAACUUGGCUUCCUACGUCAACACACACGCGAGUUUAUUCCGUGGGACAGCUGCGAACAACAACAACAACAAAAAAACAGGCGUGGAAAUAGAAAAAUACACCUGAGAGCCAACUGUCUUGCACACGUUAGCAGAUGCUUAGUGUGAAACGAGCUAGCUGCUAGUUAGCUCAAAGUGCUGCUGCGAGCUAAUGUUAACAGCCAGCCGGCUUCCAAAGACACAGCUGCACACAGUCAUUGCUUAACUUACACAUUUAACUGUGCAGUGGCACUAUGCCCGCAGCUACUGUGGAUCACAGCCAAAGAAUAUGUGAGGUUUGGGCCAGCAAUCUGGAGGAGGAGAUGAAGAGAAUUAGACAUGUCAUUCGAAAAUACAACUAUAUCGCCAUGGACACAGAGUUUCCAGGCGUAGUAGCCAGACCUAUUGGAGAAUUCCGAAGCAAUGCGGAUUAUCAGUACCAGUUAAUGCGCUGCAAUGUGGAUUUACUGAAAAUAAUCCAGCUGGGCCUCACCUUUAUGAAUGAACAAGGGGAAUAUCCUCCAGGAACAUCAACGUGGCAGUUCAAUUUUAAGUUUAACCUCACAGAGGAUAUGUACGCGCAGGACUCUAUUGAACUUCUGACAACGGCAGGAAUUCAGUUCAAGAAGCUUGAGGAUGAAGGCAUAGAGUCAUUGUACUUUGCAGAGCUUUUGAUGACAUCAGGAGUGGUAUUGUGUGAUGGGAUCAAGUGGCUGUCUUUUCACAGUGGGUAUGACUUUGGAUACCUGAUCAAGGUUCUCUCCAAUGCCAAACUGCCUGAGGAAGAGAUUGAUUUCUUUGAGCUUGUUCGCUUAUACUUUCCAGUCAUUUAUGAUGUCAAGUACCUAAUGAAAAGCUGCAAAAUUCUCAAGGGUGGACUGCAAGAAGUAGCUGAGCAGCUAGAGCUAGAGAGGAUCGGACCACAACAUCAAGCGGGCUCUGACUCUUUGCUCACAGGCAUGGCUUUCUUCAAGAUGAGGGAGAUGUUCUUUGAGGAUCAUAUUGAUGAUGCAAAGUAUUGUGGCCACUUGUAUGGGCUUGGCUCAGGAUCCGCCUAUGUCCAGAAUGGAACAGGGAACGCUUAUGAAGAAGAAGCGAACAAGCAGCAGUCUUGACAGCACACUCGCACCAUCCUUCAAUUGGCAGUACGGCCCAGUGGCCAAGCUUGGACACCCGGAUGAUGAGCAUUGAGGAAUUGCUUCAUUUAGCCCGCUGUUUGUCAUUGGUUCUGUUUGUCGUAGACAAUUGAAAUGAUUAACAGUGAAAAGUACCAUCACUUGGCCUCACACAUGACACAGCGACGCUGGUGUGAGCUUCAUCUUUUAACACUGCAAAGCAGCGCUGGCAUCUGGGUGGUUCAAAACUGUUUAACAUGCUUGAAAAAAAAAAAAAAAAUGGGAUUUUAGUUUUACUAAAAUAUUGUGUAGAAUUUUUUUGCACUUUAAAGCUCUAACUUGCUUUUAUAUGGAAAGUAUGUACAUGUAUCUUGAUCUCGCUGCUCCGUUUUCUAUACCUUCACAUCUUACAUUGUGAACAUGCAGUGUUCACGUAAUGUUCUAACAUUUUGGCACACUCAGCCUUAAGGUUAACUGCAUCCUUUUAAACCUUUAAUUUAUUUUUGCCAGUUCUCUAGAAAGAGGCACAGUUCUACGCUAAGAUACCACACUUUACCAUAAUGCCUCAAAAUGAGAAAGGGAGCCCAUUUGCACAUGGAUGGUACCAUUUUUGCAAUCCUGUGCUUUCUGUGCUUUUUGUUUUGUUUUUGUUGUUGCUGCUGAAACACCCCAAUGUGAGAGGUCUGUCAGCCAUGGCACAUUUUUGCAUGUAUGUAUCUGUGAAAUGUCAAAGCUUACAUUGGAUUUUUUUUUUUUUUUGUGCACACAUGCUGUUGUUCGCAUAAGAAGCAUGUGAUUGCAGACAUACUGUAUGCCCACAUGAGGUGACACUGAUCUCCAAAUUGAAAUCCAAGAAAAUUCACCUGAUGUAGCGCAUGCAGAGAUUAUCUUUCUAAAAAUAUUCUGUUAUGAGUAUGUUUUCAUUCAUUUUGUUUUAAUUGAAGUUGCUUUUUGUAGAGUUUUAGUGUUGUAAUAAAAGAAAAAAAUACACUUUUA